CGCGUCAACUCCGUUCACUCCAAUGGAUCAGUUUUUUUUACAGCGGACCGUGGAGCCUAUCAAUAGUUCCCGGACGUUAGCAGCAAAUACUAUCAGCACAAUGAAGCUGGAGCAGGACAGACCAUUUGUAAUCCACUUUUACAGGCUGUAGCAAGUGACUGACUAUGCAGUGCUGGCUUUUACUAACAUUCCUAAUGCUGAGCAACUUCAAGACCUCAGCAGCUGAAGUUCCAAGACUUGAUUACUGCUACAAGGAAACCGACUGCAAUCCUUAUUUGUGGGUGAAGUCUUACCCCUCAUGCCUACCUCAGAAAGACAAGCUCCACUCACCCAUAGAUCUGAAUGAUGAAGCUGUGAGGAAUGAUACUGUUCCAGCCCUGAUGUUUCGGGGCCUUGCUCGUUCCGGGACUGUGAAGAAUGUUCGGGACACAGUUGUUGUGGACUUUGAUGAAUGUAUGACCGUCUCAGGAGGUUGGUUGAAAUAUAAAUACAGACUUGUACAGAUAAGGUUCCACUGGGGUUCCAAAACCACCAAUGGGUCAGAACACACUCUCAACAAUCGCAGAUUCCCUAUGGAGAUGCAGUUGGUGGGAGUUGCUCCUGGAUAUAAGGAUGUGAAGUCAGCCUUGAAUCAGCAGUCGGGCGUGGCGAUGAUUGGAGUCUUUAUUGAUAUUGGCCCUGUAAACAAUGUGCAUUUUAAGGCCAUUUCGGAUGCUGUCAGCAAGGUGCCAUACCCAGGAGACUCUGUAAAGGUGACUCUACCAACCUUGUUGCAGCUUAUGCCCACAUCUAAUGAACCUGGUAACAGAAUUAAGUUCUUUUACUACCAGGGAGGUCUGACUACCCCGCCCUGCAGUCAGACUGUGGACUGGAUUGUACUCGAGAAUCCUGUCCUGAUCUCCAGCGAGCAGUAUUUGGCGUUUGUCACUCAUCUGUAUUACUCUGAUAAAAGUGAUUCUGACCAGAAACUGUUGGAGGAAAACUAUCGUCCCAUCCAGUCCAGUGCCAUGCAUAAAGUCCUCGUGUCUGCUCAAGCUUUAGAAUUCCACUUAGCGAGAGGAGCCAGCCGGAGCCUGCAGACGUUCUUCAUCCCCCUCUGUGUCCUCCUCAGCCUGCUGCACCUCAGCCUCACAAUGGUUUAAACAGAGAAACAGUCAGUGAUUGAGUAACAGCCAGCUUAGUGAAUGCAUUAUAAGGAACCAUCACAAAUUAGCAUAGAAUUGCUCCUAAUUCAGCAAGGCAAACAAAUAUAACCUUGAAUAGUGCACGUGCACACUUUGAUUCGCUGGAAAGUGUAAGCGCUUCUUAUUUUAAUCUAAUUCUUUUGACUUCUAAACCAAAACUUAAACCACGUUAUUAUGUAGUUUAAUAAUAUGGAGAGCAGUAGUGACUGCAUUGUUAAAAGUGCAUUGGUACUAGUUAGCAUUAAGUCUGUUUGUGGUUAUCUAAAAAAAAGUUCAGGGUUGUUUUUGAGGUUCAGUAUUUUUGUUGUUUUAUGUUCUUUUAAGUUCCAUUAGCAAAGUGAGCCUUUUCUUGUAGUUAACAUAUUAGAUUUCCAUGCUGCUGACUAGCAUACUAACUUUCAAAUAUAACAAAUGUUGGUUUUGCUGGUAACCAGUGUUCUUGAUCUACUCUUUUAUUUUGUAUUUUAUUUAUUUAUUAUUUAUUAUUUACAAUUCUGUGAUUUUUUGAAUCAGUGAAUUUUCCUACAGUUAGGAUGUGAAGUUUCCCUAAACAUUUUUUUAUGUUCAGAAUGCAACCAUAUGCAAUCUAUAUUAUUAAUAGAAUUAAAAAUUAAAGAUGCAGUGCAUUUAUUACCUGUUAUAUAUUAUAUGUUCUGUUUAGGAACAGUUGUGGAUAAUUGUGUUUUUGGUACUUAUUUGUAUCUUGAAAGAUACUGUUUGUUUCAGCUUUUUGUUUUUAGUCCUCAAACAGCCUGAGAGCCCUGUUGCAGGGUACUAAAAGUGUGUUCAUUAGACUGAAGAGAGUAGAGCAUAAUUGCCAAAGGUUUUUGUUUGUUUGUUUGUUAUGUCUGUACAAUUUGAUACACGCAUACUUAUACUUUUGUUUAUGUAAGUAGGUUAAUGUGUAUUUCUGAAAAAACAAAAUAGAAAUUCCUUGUACCUCAUAUACCUCACUACAAACCUUGCACCUAUCUACACAGCAAACCAAACUGUGAGUGGGGACACUGUGAAUGUUCAACUUAAUUUGACACUAACACUAUUGAUUUCAUACUGGCAGAUUUCCUGUGUAUGAUGAGCUGCAUAAACCUGCACAAUGCUAUGGUGCUGUUAAUAUUUAAAUGCUGGUGAACAUAAUUUUGUACAUAUAGUUUGCACAAUCUCAGGAUUGUUGGAUUUCUGCACUAGUCCAUUCAUAAACAAUAAUCUAUGCAUUGUAUUUCAGGUAGGCUGUCUUAUUUACAAGCUUUUUUUGCCUAGCUUUGCAGAACUUGCCAAACUGACUUGUUGGACAUCUGAAUGUUAAAUAUUGUUUCUUUCUAAUAUAGAAUUCACUGUAUUUGGGAGAACAAUAAAGUUAUUCUUCAUUCA